UUCUGUGACAGAGGUUUUGGAUGAGAUUAACAUUUAAAUUGGUGAACUUUGAGUAAAACAGAUUGAACUCCAUAAUAGGGGUGGGCCACAUCCAAUCAGUUGAAGGCCUGAAUAGAACAAAAAGACUGAUUUCUCUGACCAAGGAGGAAUUCUCCAGCAGACAGCCUUUGGACUGGACUUGCAGCAUCAGCUCUUCUAUGCUGGCCCACCCUGCAGAUUUUGGACUCACCAGCAUCCAUAAUCACAUGAGCCAAUUCCUGAUAAUAACUCUUGUUAUAUAUACACAUCCUAUAGGUUUUGUUCCUCUGGAAAACCCUGACCAAAAAAAAAAAAAAAAAGGUAUAUGCCCCAGAUUUAUCUGGCUGGCUGUUUUUUGUUUUUUGGGCUGGCUGUUUUGGAAGUAGUGUUUUAUACUAAAGAGAUGGAAAGAUCACUGGAGAGGCCAUCAGAAAAUUGAGAUUCUGGCCAUAACUCUUCGGGCAAACUGCGUUUUGGUCUCUGACCUGGUCAUUUUCCCUCUCUGGGCCUCAGUUUCCUGUCUGUUGAAGGAGUCUGAGCUAAGGGCUUUCCAAGUCCAUGAUUCCAUGAAAUACAAACGUUGAGCACUUGAGUCGCUGCUGAGGAGCUAUCUGGAGGUGAUUCUUCUGAGGACUGGCCAGGUGCUAGAUAAGAAAAGAAGCUGAGGAUGUUUAUAGGUGGUGGUAGUGGUACAAUGCCAAACACAGCGGAGAAAAAAAUCAUGAACAGGAUUCUCUGUGCAUCAGGUAGAACAUUCUAAUCAGUUAAAUGUAAAAUAUGGACGAGUAAAUGCCUGCAUGAAAACCUUUAGCUUUUGUGCCGUCUCAUCUGAGGGCAGAUAGUCUAACUUUGAGGGCACUUAGAGCCUGUCCCAGCAUUGCAAUAAUACUUAUUUUGUGCGGGAGGAGUGGGGUGGUGGGAAGGCUUGGCAGCUGUGACAAGCUGAGGCCCUCUGGCCACACCGAGGGGCCCCAGCCCAAGCAAUAGACAGGAAAUGCCUGACCCCAAGGACUCUUGUGCUAUUCUUGACCAUAGAGAUUAGAAGGAGUCUCAGACUAGCUCUGGCCGAUGGGAGUGUAAAUUGAUUUUUCCAUUGCUUUGGUUUGAGCCUUUCUCUUUCUUCAACUUGGGCUUCCCUCUCCAGGUGAAAAAGCAGUAACCACAAGGAGGAAACCGUAUUAUUUUAGCUUCUCCUGUCUGGAGAGUGGUCAAUACUUGGCUACAGUAAUCUUUUGGUUUUCUCUGUCUGAAAUUAAUGUUCACCUCAUGCAGCAGUCUGCCCCUUGGGAGGCUGGCAUUUGGGGUUGGACAGUCUGGGUGUGUGACUGGGGGAGUCAAUUGCACCCUUUGGAUGUGGACACAUUCUCCUUGCUCCCUGGAGGUCUCCCCUGCAAAUACUGUGAGGUGGAUUUCUCUGCCCUUUGGCUUCUGUCUGACCACAGGCUCACCGGUGGGGAGGCAGGACCCUGAUGGCCAGAUCCCUGAGAGGCUAGUUGACUGUUUACUCAGUUGGUGCUGAAGACUGACAAAUGAUUAACCCCCUGGAAUCCCUGAUUAGACCCCAGCUAUGGUCAUGAGUUCAGCCUUUUGAACCGCAGACUUAAAUUGUUUUUCCAGCAUUCUACCCAGUCAGGCGUCCCUGCCUGGACUCUGCUAUGGAAGGCCUCCCUUGGGAGAGAGUGGUGCGCAGGGGGCGUGGGAAGUGGAGGCAGGACGCCUCGGAUGCUGCGGGGCGGCAGGCGGGGUCUCAGCCACCGCCUGUGGCGAGGCACCCCUGGUCACCUCCCUUGUCGUGUUCUUCCCGGAUGGAACAAGAAGACAAACAGGGCUUGUGUGAAGCCCAGGACUCAGCAGACACAGGGAUGGGCUCCGAUUUUGAGAACUUGGAAGACAGGGAAGAGGACCCAGAAGAAAGCGGAACAGGCUCUAAUCCACAGGACGCAGACAAGAGAGAAGGCCACCCAGAGCAGGAGAUGGCCUCCAGCCCAGAAGAUGAAGCUCUAAGAGAGGACUCAGAGGAGAGGGAACUAGUGUCUGACAUCUGCACAGACGGGCUGCUGAGUGAGGAAGAAGGGGCUCUCCCCGAGGAAGAGGAUGACCAACCUGGCGUAGCUGAGAUGGCGAUGUUCCCAGGACUGUCCGAGUCCGACAGCAUAUCCCGGAGCCCCCCUGAAGAGAAGGAGGAGAGUGCUGGGGAGAACCGGCUAGAGGAGGAAGCAGCGCAGCCGUCCCCUGCCGUGCUUCCUUGGAGGCGGCAUCUGUCUCUGGGCACUCGGCACCGGGGCGACAAGCCCGCGCACCGCCGCUUUCGCCGGCUGCACCACCCCAUGGCCGUGGACCUCGGGGAGCUCGACAGCCUGAUGGCCAGCAUCAUGGACGCGCCCACCAUCUGCCCCGACUGCGGGGAGAGCUUCAGCCCGGGCGCCGCCUUCCUGCAGCACCAGCGCAUUCACUGUCUGGCGGAGGCGGCCGCCGCGGCCAGCCUGGAGCCCUUUGGGUUCGCGGGCGACUGCGGCGCGGUGGUGGGCAUGAUGGGCGUGGGCGUGGCGGGGGGCUUCGGGGCGGGGCCUGCGCUGGCCCGGCCCCCGCGCGAGAAGCCCUUCCGCUGCGGGGAGUGCGGCAAGGGCUUCAGCCGCAACACCUACCUGACCAACCACCUGCGCCUGCACACGGGCGAGCGGCCCAACCUGUGCGCCGACUGCGGCAAGAGCUUCAGCUGGCGCGCCGACCUGCUCAAGCACCGGCGCCUGCACACGGGCGAGAAGCCCUACCCGUGCCCCGAGUGCGGCGAGGCCUUCAGCCUCAGCUCGCACCUGCUGAGCCACCGGCGCGCGCACGCGGCGGCCAGCGGCGCGGGAGCGGCGGCGCUGCGGCCCUUCGCCUGCGGCGAGUGCGGCAAGGGCUUCGUGCGCCGCUCGCACCUGGCUAACCACCAGCGCAUCCACACCGGCGAGAAGCCGCACGGCUGCGGCGAGUGCGGCAAGCGCUUCAGCUGGCGCUCGGACCUGGUGAAGCACCAGCGGGUGCACACGGGCGAGAAGCCCUACAUGUGCUCCGAGUGCGGCGAGACCUUCAGUGUCAGCUCGCACCUCUUCACGCACAAGCGCACGCACUCGGGCGAGCGGCCCUACGUGUGCCGCGAGUGCGGCAAGGGCUUCGGGCGCAACUCGCACCUCGUGAACCACUUGCGGGUGCACACGGGCGAGAAGCCCUUCCGCUGCGGCCAGUGCGAGAAGCGCUUCAGCGACUUCUCCACGCUCACGCAGCACCAGCGCACGCACACGGGCGAGAAGCCCUACACAUGCAUCGAGUGUGGCAAAAGCUUCAUCCAGAGCUCGCACCUCAUCCGCCACCGCCGCAUCCACACCGGCAACAAGCCGCACAAAUGCGCCGGCUGUGGCAAGGGCUUCCGCUACAAGACGCACCUCGCGCAGCACCAGAAGCUGCACCUGUGCUAGGGCUGGGCCCGAGGGUUCUGCCCUCUUGGGAGCAUGUGGGGAGUAGAUGUCUUGGGGACAAACUAUGGAGACGGGGAAGGGGCGGGAGGGACAAUCUGAGAGUGAUUGGGGAGCCUUUUGGUGGUAGGGGGUCUUGAAGGGGAGGGUUGAGUCGGAGGAGUUGGGGUGCUGUAUUUCGCCUGCCGCCUCCUCAAUGAAAAAACAUUUGGGAGAUGUGCUUGAGCGUGGUGAGUUCUUCAAAUACACGGCAGAGGGGUGAGGGGCAUGGAGGAGCAGACACUUUGAGGACCUUGAGGAAGGGGCUUUAGUGGGGAGGGUAGGGGACAAGAUGUCAGGCAAUAGAGUAGGUUGGGCUGCGAUGGCCUGUGGGAAUCAGAGGAGAGGUGUGGCUGGAGUAAGGGUUAUGGGGUAAGAUAAAAAGUCGGUAUGAAUACUUUUAUCCUGGUCCCACCAGGUGUUAAGCCACUGUUAGCUCUAUCCCCCCCACAUCGGCUAUAGUCCUGCUAAAGUAAGGGAACCUUGUCAAUCCGAUAGGAGAGGACAUUUUGUAUACUCUUCCCUUCUUUUCUCUGAGCCAUAGAUAGCUACUAUUUUGAGGCAUCCAGGGGAGACUGGGCAGAAGAGCGACACCCCCUCAUUUCUAGGGCAUUUCUAAACUUCUGAAGUUUAGAAGUUCAUUCAUAACUGCUUCUCAGAUCUCCUGGGAAAUCCUCGUCCUACUCAUGGUCUUUUGCUACUUUCUAUAAAACACUCUAGCUUCGGGCUGGGUCAAGGUGGUCUCUGUGGAUGACCAUCCCCCUGCCCCCGGUGUCAGGUGUGUGUGCCAGGCCCCGUAUUUCUUUCAGGUCUCCCUUGUGAUCUUUUAAGUGCAGGGAAAUGGGACAGUCCCAGCUGUGUGUGGCUUUCCCUUUCCCAGGUCAGCUUGAUGUUUGUUUCAAAUGAACCUGACACCAUGAGCAGUUGCCCCAGUGACCCGCUGCAAAAGUCUGCUAGCUCGGUGUUUCACUGGCCUUAUGUGAAAAUCCAGGAAAGCAAAUGUUGACACGUUGGGGUGCAAAGCUCCUUUGUCUCAUUUGCCUUCACUGCAGAUCUGUGUACCCCUCCCCCUCUGUAGUAAUGGACGAGAUAAUUGAACUCUCACCUCCACCCAUAUCCAGAUGGGCUCCAGUCUGAGUAGAAUUUCUUUUUCUCAUAUAGGGAGUCACAGUAGAAAGCUCAAGGCUUACACAAGGAAGGUACAAGCAAGGAGAGGUGUAAAUGCAAAAUUGCCAAAUAGCACAAGCAAUGAAUGUUUUCUGGUGGUUAUAUAAAUGCCAAAAUAGCACUUUUAUAUUUGCAAAGUGCUUUAUGCUUUUUAAUGAUUGUUAGUUGUUUCUCACAUCUUUGUGAGGUGGAUCAGUAUUAUGAACCCUGUCUUAGGGGAGGCCUGGGGACAGGGGUGUGGCAGGCUGUUCUGAAGAGAGGUGAUGACGGUGUGGAGCGGUGUGGUCUGACCUUUUGUGCUCUCCAGCUCAGCUGCUAGGAAGAUUUACCUGUUAUGAUUUAUAUAGUAAAAUAAGGACACUGAAAAUUUUUAUGCUUGAUGGAAAACUUAAGGCUAGUCUAGAAGGGCCAAAGAUGUCCUUGUUGACAAAGCUGGUCUUUGUCAUGUAAUUAGAGUGUCCUGAAUAUGUUCCAUUUCUCGUAGGGGGCUGUAGUUAGAUGACUCUUGUAUAGAUUUCAGUUACUUGUGCUGAAAAUCCCUUCUGUAGGUUAGCCUUUAGAAGUUAGAGUUGUGGAAAGCAGUACUAUUUUCUUCACUAGCGUUUGUUUUCCUGUACUUUCCAUGGAAGCAUCUUCACAAGCUGUUGGACACACUUGAAGGAAAAAAAAAAACUACAAGCUUGUUUUUACAGUUUUAGCAAACUUUCUGUGGAUGCUGGUAAUUUAUACUUGAUCACUUAGUUGUAUUCUAGCAAAUAACCUCUUUGGGGACUGUAGGAAAGCAUGUUUUUGUUGUUAUAAAAACACUUUUGAAAAAAAUCCUGAGAAUUUGGGGCUUAUAUAAUGCCUGUUGAUCUUGCCCUCUUAAUCAGUUAUUGUUACUCACAAAUCAAAUAGGUUUUCAAAAUAUGGAUAGUUGGGGAAGACACUAAUUCUUUUUUAUUUUCAUUUAGUCGAGAGUAAUUCGAGCAAGGCAAGUGUCCAUUAUUUAUUCUGACUCUUGUAGUCUGAAUACCAAGUGUAUAAGACUCACCUGGAAAUAAUAUAGCCAAUUUGUAGGUAAUCUUAUUCCUUUGUGGUUUUUUAAACGCACAUCUACCUCUUCCAGCUGUUUUAAGUUUUCUCAAGUCUGUGCCUAUGAAAUCUCAUCCAACUUUUGAUUAUUCAUGGGUUGAUUAUCCACUUUAUGAGUUAUUUGGCUUUUUGCUGCCAUUAUACUAUUGCACAGUCUUGUCUGCAUCAAACAUUGCCUAUCAGCAGCUUUUGAGAAAGAGUUCAACGGGUAGAGGAGAUUGAAGCUAAUGUACGAUAAUUUACUGGCAGUGGAACUCUGGAUUUCAUUGACCUCUCUCGUUCUUUCUAUGACUAUAGAUAAGAGAGUCAGCUAGUACUUAAGUAUCCCUUCUCUGAGCAAAUCCUUUAGCAGAAAAAAACAGUCGAACCACCAACACCCAACUCUCAUGGUGCAUUUAAAAUGUGAUUCCACUUUUCUUAGAAUUCUUCAGGGAACAUACCUGCAUUAAGUGAGGUGAAAUGCAUUCAGGAGGUCGUUUCUCGUGUCUGGUUUUAGAAUAAUAGUAUUUCUUCAGCAAAUCCUGUGAACUGUGGUUCACCCUUGAAAAUGUUAAUCUGAAGACUCCUUCUACCAGCUUAUUAAUGAUGGUGGAGGCAAGUGUAUCAUUUGUUUCGUAGGGAGUUUGGUCAAGUUCAGGCUGCCCUUUACUGAGCAAAACCUGGAGCAGCUUGACUAGAUUAAAUCUUGAGCUCUGAGUUGGAAGGAGAAGAUGAGAAGUUAACCCCUUGAGCCAUGUGGUCUCUUCAAGAUCAAGAGGCUGUACAUACGUGAAAAAGUACAAAUUAAGAACGUGUGUUCAUAGACAAUCUGAACUGUGUCUCUGAAGUUUGUGCACAUUUUCCUUCUCUGUAAUGUUAUUUUACAGCUAUUUGUUAAAAUAGUGAAUAAUUUAAUGAUCCUAAAAGUAACAGGUCUUGUGUGAGUGUGUGAUUGUGUAUGUGAGAAUUGCCUUAUUUUCAGGUGGUUUUAUUUAAUGAUGGUUCCUUGGACAGCAUUCUGCUGUUCAGCAACCAAUAUGGAAUAUUUGUCAUUAAAUCCAUAUCCGUCUUUUACCAUGUCAUUCUUUCUUCUUUAUUUGUCACCCAUUAAAUGUCAUUCAGUUCAAUCUAUGGAAGAAAUGUUCUGGUAGAAAGGGAUCAGCAAACUACCAAAUCCAGACUGCGUCUUUUUGUAAAUAAAAUUUUAUUGGAAUACAGUCA